AUGGUAAAAGCACGUAGGCCGUCGUCAAAGCGUUACAUAUACGUGGUGCUUCCACUGGCCAUACUCGGCGUUUGGCUAUGGCGGUUCCUGAACAACCCAGGGGCUACAGACCUGCAGACGAUACUACAAAACCUACCCAAAGAGGUCUCACAGAGUAUAGACAGUGUUUCGCAGCAAAAACAGGAUGCCACCAUUGUCGAAAUGUUCGAAAAACUAUCAGUGGACCUGCUACAGAAGCAGGACGAGCAGCUGCGGAAGUUUGAGAAAGAGCGGAGAGCGCUAGAAAAGCGUAUUCAAGACCUCAGACAGCCGGCGACCCACGCUACGCUGCGCGAAAAACUCGCACACAUGUUUGAAUACCGCGCGUCGCAGCGCUUUCCAGCUUUCGUGUGGCAAACCUGGCCUUACUCUGACACGGAUGACCGUAUGGACUCCUCGUUACAGGCGUUUGAGAGGCACUGGGGCGAUAAGAAUCCAGGAUUUGUGCAUGAGAUAAUUAAUGACGAUACAGCUUCUGCCCUAAUACACUACAUGUAUGCGUCCAUCCCAGAAGUGCUUGACGCAUAUGACAUUCUGCCUUCCACAAAUCUGAAAGCAGACUUCUUCAAAUAUUUGAUACUAUUGGCGCGUGGUGGGGUUUAUGCCGAUAUCGACACGGACCCCCUCCAGCCGGUGCCCAACUGGAUUCCUGAAAACGUAUCGCCCAAAGAAAUUGGAUUGAUUAUUGGCAUAGAGAACGACGCCAACAAUCCUGAUUGGAAAAGCAGUUUCGUGCGAAGACUACAAUUCGGGAAUUGGAUAAUCCAGGCCAAACCUGGCCAUCCGGUGGUACGUGAAGUCGUAGCGCGAAUUACUGAGAUUACUUUACAACGUCGCUCAGACGGAGAACUGCGUAUGAAUCUGAGAAACGACCUUAAUAUCAUGGGAUGGACCGGGUCUGGUAUCUGGACUGAUGUCGUUUUCACUUACAUGAAUGACUACGUGCAAAGUGGCAUUCUCAGUAAGAUUACUUGGAAAGAAUUUCACAAGUUGGACGUACCCAAGCUUGUCGGCGACGUCCUGGUGUUCCCACAAACUUCUUUCAAUGCCCCUGAUAAGGAUAUUAAAGAUAAAAACAAGGCGUUGCACUUCGCCAGACACUCGGGUCUAAAAAGCUGGAAAGCAGCUCCUAAAGUAGCUGAAGAAAACUAA